AUGCCGAGGGUAGUUGCCGAGCAGAGGCACAAGUUUGAAAAUGACGAUUUGUUUAGGAAGAUGUCACGAGAAACUGAGGUGAUUUGACAAUUUCAGCGUUACAUCACGAAGUUGUAAACUCACAUGGCCCAAUACAAGCCAACGCUAUUGAACCGUUUUCGUCUAUUUUCAGAUCAAAUACACUGGCUACAGAGAUAGAUCGCAUGAGGAACGCAUCGUAAGAUUUCAAACAGAAGCGAGAGAUGGACAAGCUACCGUAGUAAGUUGACGAAAACUAUUCUUGAAGGAGUUGAGCAAAACUUUUGGCAAGAUCAUUGCGUGGUUUAAAGAUGUUGUUGUGAAGGAAUUCUUGUUUCCUUUCAUUAAAUUGCUACCCCUGGCUAAUUCUUUUAUUAACCAUCCAGGCUUUUGUAUCGUCUGGGACAAAUUUCACUCUUCAAUUCCCAAAAGGAGAAGAUGGAACAGUACCUAAGGAAUAUCUAGACUUCGAUCGCGAACCUGGCAAGGUACAGAAAAUUCAAGAUAAUUUUACUCUCAUUUCGGGGGUGUAAUAUGUAAAAAAACGCUGGUAAUUUUUCAUUAUCUUGUAUAACAAAAGCAAAAUGCUAUUUAUUAGCUGUCGUGUUUUGGAAUCUGCGUAUUUUUGUAGAUCUCUCGGUAUUAUUUUAUCUUAAUUUUAAAAACGAUAAAUCUGGACAACUGCCAGCACUUGAAAUUGUGUGGGUAGCCAUAGGAGUGCAGUAAAAUUCCGCUUUUAGCCUAAAAAGGUAUAGCGAUGGACGCCCGACUUGAAUUCUUUUUGAAAGUUUAUUUGUAUAUAAACAUCUGGCUAUUAAAGAUUCCUGCAGCAGGUCGCGAGUUAAUUAUGCAUGAGAAAUCGCUCCAUAUUUCAAUCAUUACUAGGAAACUGUACUUUCGGCAUGUCUUGGUUCUUUCCGCGGAGGAAACAACUUCUCAACCAAAUCGCACACUGACAUUGAAAGGUUUGCCGAUGGUUGGAAUUUUGGGCUUAAUGUCGCUAACCGGAGAUAAUUGCACGUGCUGACAAAUUAAUUAUUUACGAUAUGGAACAUUUCAGCAUAUGAAUGGCUUUCUUAUUCGAAAUGACUCGUUUCAUUUCAGUCGCUCAUACUGCGGUCUAUUUUCACGGAUAGGCACUAUUUGGCUUUUCUGUUUUGCCGUAAAAUAUGCUCAAUUCAAAGCAAUUAAUUGUAAGAUUAUGUGUAUAGCUGUUUUAAGUAAUACGACAAUAAGUAACACGACAAUCGUGAUAGUAAAGAUAAAAAAAUCCCGAAAAUUUAAGACUGUCAGUUUUCAGUGUCGGUAAUCAUGGUUUUUAAAAUCUCAUCUUUAUAGAAAAAGGUCAAAAUUUUCACGUCGGUAAAUGAGAAAGCUAGUGUUUCGUGAUAUCAUGCCAAGUGUCUCAGUAACUCGAGCUAAAAAUAACAGAUUACGGUAAUAAAUAAUCUUGUAAGCAGUGUCACUUAUCGCAAACACUUGUGUACACGAACUGAAAAUGGGGAAAAUUCGCUAGAUCGUGUUUCAUAAUAUUUACACGUUCGUUUAGAAAAGUCUAGGUUUGUUAAGAUUAUGUUGCAUUGCGAAAACAACGAGUGUCAACAAAUUUUCAAGCGAAAGUUUUCUGUCUUCGCAAACUUUCGGCAUCUCUUGUGCCACUUACCAAGCAAAAAUUCCAAUUAAAAACAGGUGCAUGGUAUCACAGCGAGAUUACUUUGACAAACCAGUAUUUGAUUUCUUCCUGAAUUGAACGUAAUAACAAAGCUAUUGUUUUCUUAUUUUGUUUGGCCGUUCAAGUGCGAUUUGUUUCAUUUACGUCAAGAAUGAAAACGGAAACAAAUUAUUUCACCGUGAAGAGUAUGUUUAAGACCGAAUUUCUCGCAGUCGUUUUAUUUGCUCGCACUUAAAAUAUAAAUAAUAACUUUUGUUGAACUUAUUUAUGAAAAAAGAAUGCCGUAGUAGCAAGAAAUUAAAAUUUGCGUGUAUACACACUUAUGUAAUUAUGCCAAGCAUUCCAACCUUUUGGAGUGACACCGCCGUCAAGACAUUCGAAAUCGCCGAUAAUUACUGAUAAAUAAAUUCCACAUGCAUGGGUGCCGGCGAAGCGCGAGACCUCCCUAUUGCUGUGAAAAUGCGUGUGUUUUAAACUUACUCCAAUGUAUUUGAAAUUACAAAUAGUGUAAGGGCUUUUAUUGGUUUUAUCUGUUUCUUUAUGAGUUUAUUAUCAACACUGAGCUUGAAAAGAUUCUUCUCACAGAGGACAGAGUGGCAGCUUUGUCCGUGUUAAAAAGGGGACUUUGAAGGUCUAGAAUUUUUCUUGGUUGAGAGAGGCUCAGUGGUUUGAAACAGCCUCUAAAGUGAUGAUUGUUUCCAGAAGAAUUAAGGAACUAAAGUUUAGUAAAAACCUAAGGUGUUUCUUAAUUCACCCUGGAAGCAGUGCCUCUUGAAAGCGUAGUAUGGUGGUAGUCAUAAUACUGUCGUAAAUUCUCUGUUUUUUUAAUAUUUGCAACAGGUGUUUAUUAAAAGCCGUUUUAUCAUGAACGGAGUGUGCGUAGUAUGGAAGGGAUGGCUAGAUCUCCAAAGACUUGAUGGCGCUGGCUAUUUAGAGUUUGAUGAAGAUAAAGCCAAAGUAAGCCUAUUAACAAUACAACUAACAUCUUUUUUGACUUUUCUACUCUUUUAAUGUUGUGUAUUUCUACUCAUUAUCAUAAGUCAAAACAUCUGUGUUUGUUGAGAUGUAUUCCAUGCAACUACAUUGUAUCAAUUCACCCUGGGUGGUUUUUCCUGCUGUUUUUUGAUGACCAGAUUAAUUGGCUGAUUACACAGGAAAAGGUGUAAUCAAAAAUAGCUGGAGAGUCAUGCAUUUCCGAUGGAAAGUAAGCAGGAGACUUUUGGGAGAUAAGAUAGUAGUGAUUGUGAAUUUCAUCACAUUGCAAUCAUGGUGCACAAUGUAUCAGGAAGCACUGAAAUAAUUCAGGAAUGUGUUUUGUUCUAACAAGUUAUUAGUCAUAUAGUUUUGAUAAUUUCAUUUGUUAUGCAACCUGCCGUGAAUAUGCUAUGGUUGCAUGCAAUUCAUUUUAAUGAACAUUUUUUCAGACAAAGGGUGAAAAAUCAACAAAAACUUCACCAUUUCUAAUGAGCUAUUUCAAGUGCUUGCUUAACCUCUUGGCAUCAUGUUAUAGCUAAAUAAAGCUAAAAAUCACUUAAACUGACACAGCUUCUAAGUGCUUUAUGUUUUACAGACACUGUCAAUUAGCCAUUGUCUAGACUUUGUCAGUUCGUUUUACAGAAUCCAUUCUCUCAUAAGAAUGAUAAGAAUUACAUUUUGUAUACAUGAACACCUGCUUCAGUGGAAUCUCUAUUAUAGAGCAGUCUGCCCUCAGGAAGGGAAACUGACUGGAGUUUGAAAAAUUUUUACCAGAUAUUAUUAGCACAAUGUAUGAGCAGGGGGGCAAAUUUGGUUAUCACUGCUGUGAAUAAUUACCAAAUCAUGAAUUCUACAAACUUGAACUUAAGUUGUGUAAACUCAUGAGUGAUAAUAGUUCUUCAGAAAAUGGGUACAAAUUUGCUUCAUUUUAUUCCAAAAUGACAUGAAGUAAGUUAUUUUACUGCAAGGGCACUAACGGGAACAAAUAAGCACAGGGUACGAAGGGUUUUGAGUGUGUUAACACUUUAAGCCUUAAUAUUUACACUCACAUUUGGGGGGCGGGGGUACUCCCUAUCAGAGGCCUAUACACUGGGAGCUUGCCCCAAAAGGAAUACCAGUUUAAGACUUUUAGAUCUUGAGAAUUUCAUACUUUUUAAGUCUAAGGAUGGGUAGGAAAAUCUGUAAUUAUUUUAGGUAUUUAAAAAGGCAUUAAAAUAUUUUAAACAGACGCACCUUAGCUUAAAUAUCAUUCAUUUACUUUGUCCCAAAGUAUUCUCUAGCAGAAAUUUAAAAAGGGUAACACUUUCCAUGGAGAGUAUAAGAAUGUCUGUCAAAAUUGCUACAAAGAGGUAUAAGUGUUUAGACCUUGGGGUAGAGCCUUGAUGUAAAAAGCUAAACUGAGUACAUCCCCCAUAGCAGGCUUAUAACAUAGUUGUUGUUGUGAAAGGUUUGAACCCAGGAGUCAUUUCAAAAGUAGGUUGAGUUUGAUCAUCUGUUGUUGUUACUUUCAAUUUAGUCUGAAGACAAAGUAAUGAGAGAGACAUUAGAACAAGCAAAACGGCGAGUUGCUGAAUUUGAAGAAAGGCAAAGACAGUGGCGAGAAGAACAACAGCGUAAAGAGUCUGAGGCAAGUAGCCAUCAUCGUAUCAACUAUAGGUAA